AUGGCUUCCAUCAAGCUCAGCAGCGGCCACGCGAUGCCCCAGGUCGGCUUCGGCCUCUGGAAGGUCGGCACCGAUGUUGCUGCCGACACCGUCUACAAUGCCAUCAAGGCCGGCUACCGGUUGCUGGACGGCGCCUGUGACUAUGGAAACGAGGUCGAGGUCGGCCAGGGCGUGGCCCGGGCCAUCAAGGAGGGCCUCGUCAAGCGCGAGGACCUCUUCAUCGUGUCCAAGCUGUGGAACACGUUCCACGACGGCGACCGGGUCGAGCCGAUUGUGCGUCGCCAGCUCAAGGACUGGGGCAUCGACUACUUUGACCUCUACGUCAUCCACUUCCCGGUCGCCCUCGAGUACGUCGACCCGGCGGUGCGCUACCCGCCUGGCUGGCACUUUGACGACGCUGGGACCGAGAUCCGCACCAGCAAGGCCAGCAUCCAUGAGACCUGGACCGCCAUGGAGUCGCUCGUGGCCAAGGGCCUCAGCCGCAGCAUCGGCGUGUCCAACUUCCAGUCUCAGCUGCUCUAUGAUCUCCUGCGCGUCGCCAAGAUCCCGCCUGCCACCCUGCAGAUCGAGCACCACCCCUACCUCGUCCAGCCGAAUCUGUUGCGCCUCGCCAAGGCUGAGGGCAUCGCCGUCACUGCCUACUCCUCCUUCGGCCCUGCCUCUUUUGACGAGUUCAAGAUGGCUCACGCCACCGCCUUGACUCCGCUCUUCCAGGAGCCUACCGUCAAGGCCAUCGCCGCCAAGAACGGCAAGACUACCGGCCAGAUCCUCCUCCGCUGGGCCACCCAGCGCGGCCUGGCCGUCAUCCCCAAAACCUCCACGCCCUCGCGCCUUGCCGAGAACUUGGACGUCGUCGCCUGGGACCUGCCCCAGGAGGACAUCGACAGCCUCACGGCCCUCGACAAGAACAUCCGCUUCAACCAGCCGGCCAACUACUUCCCGACCGAGCAGCUGUGGAUAUUUAGCUAG